UCCGAUUGGCCGGCCACUCUCUUCCCGGCGCACCAAUCGGGUGUCGAGGUACCUCAGGAGCGUUCUCCUCGCUGAGGCGGCGGCGGCGACCUGUCAGGAACGAAGCGGGGCGUUAUGGCGGGUCGAGGCCGGCGCGGCGCGCCUUGGAGCCCGUGGAUUCCGCUCCUUUUGCUGCUCUCGUGGCGGGGCGGCGGGGCCCGCGCGGCGGCGCAUAUCAAGAAGGCCGAGGCCGCCGCUUCUUAUUCCUCGGAGGCCCCGCAUUACUUGGACGAGUCCGAGCUGGGCGAGACGCUGAGGCGGCUGUGUGAGGAGGAGGCUCCGCGGGGCCUGGCGCGGCGCUUCUCCAUCGGCCGCUCCAGCCAGGGGCGCGAGCUGUGGGUGCUGCGCCUCAGCGAAGGCCUCCCGGGGGGCGAAGGCGUGGACGGCGGCGGGCCUCCCCUGGCGGGCCGCCCACAGGUGAAGCUGGUGGCCAACAUGCACGGCGACGAGGCGCUGGGCCGGCAGCUGCUGGUGCGCCUGGCCCGGGAGCUGGUGGCCGGCUGGGCCCGCGGGGAGCCUCGCGCCCGCCGCCUCCUCAACACCACCGACCUCUUCCUCCUGCCCAGCCUCAACCCGGACGGCUUCGCCCGAUCCCGGGAAGGGGACUGCCAAGGGACCGGCGGGAGGGAGAACGGGCGCGGCCGAGACCUCAACCGCAGCUUCCCCGACCAGUUCGGCGCCGCGCAGCCUGACCUGGCCGCCGUGCCCGAGGUGCGCGCGCUGAUGGAGUGGAUGCGGCGCAAUCGGUUUGUGCUUUCUGGGAACUUUCAUGGGGGAACCGUUGUUGCAAGCUAUCCAUUUGAUGACUCAAAGUCACACAAGUCCUCGGGGAUAUACAGUAAAUCGGCUGACGACGAAGUUUUCAAAUACCUGGCAAAAGCCUACGCAUCAAACAAUCCCAUCAUGAAAACAGGCACCCCAAACUGUCCUGGCGAGGAGAAAGAAACCUUCAAAGAUGGCAUCACCAACGGAGCUCAGUGGUAUGAUGUAGCAGGUGGAAUGCAAGAUUAUAACUAUCUUUGGGCUAACUGCUUUGAGGUCACAUUUGAACUUUCCUGUUGCAAAUACCCACCAGCUUCUCAGCUUGAGCAAGAAUGGCUGAAUAACCGGGAAUCUUUGUUCACUUUCAUUGAAAAAGUACACAUUGGAAUUAAAGGAUUCGUGAGAGAUUCGGUCAGUGGUGCUGCCUUGGAAAAUGCAACCAUUGCUGUGGCUGGGAUUGCUCACAACAUUACGACCAGACAGUUUGGUGACUAUUACAGACUGUUGGUGCCUGGGACUUAUAAUAUCACAGCUUCUGUCCCAGGUUACCUGCCAGUCACCACGGAGAACGUUGAAGUGAAGGAAGAAAAUGCAACUGUCGUGGACUUUUCCUUGCACCCUGUAGUCACAGUGUUGACUUCCAGUCCCACCAAGGAAGCUCUGAUAACCACCAGCGACUCUCUUGGCAAUGCAGCAGCAACUACCACUGCUGUAAACAGGACAACCUCUGCUCUCCAGGUGAUCCAGCCGGAUGAUUUUCGCCACCACCACUUCCCUGAUAUGGGUAUCUUUCUGAGGAAAUUUGCCACUGAGUACCCAAACAUCACCCGACUCUACUCGGUGGGCAAGUCAGUGGAGCAAAGGGAAUUGUAUGCCAUGGAGAUAUCGGAUAACCCAGGCAUUCACGAAGCAGGCGAACCAGAAUUCAAGUACAUUGCCAAUAUGCACGGCAAUGAAGUGGUAGGAAGGGAGUUGCUCCUCAACCUCAUUGAGUACCUCUGCAAAAACUACGGAACCAAUCCUGAAGUGACUGACUUGAUCCAAAAGACUCGGAUCCAUAUCAUGCCAUCGAUGAACCCUGAUGGCUAUGAGAAAUCUGUAGAAGGGGACGUGUCGGGAGUUUCUGGAAGAAACAACAGCAACAACUACGAUUUGAAUCGGAACUUUCCAGAUCAAUUCGUCCAUAUCACCGAACCCCUGCAGCCAGAGACCAUAGCUGUGAUGAACUGGCUGAAGACCUACCCUUUUGUGCUCUCGGCAAAUUUGCAUGGAGGAUCUCUGGUGGUUAACUACCCCUAUGAUGACGAUCGGCUAGGAGUCGCCACAUACAGUAAAUCCCCCGAUGAUGCUGUUUUUCAACAGCUAGCUCUUGCCUAUGCCAAGGAGAAUGUGGAAAUGUUCCAGGGCCAUCCGUGCGACAACAUAUAUCCUGAUGAGUAUUUUCCUCGUGGCAUCACUAACGGAGCGGAUUGGUAUAAUGUCCCAGGAGGCAUGCAGGAUUGGAAUUACCUCAACUCCAAUUGCUUUGAGGUGACUAUUGAAUUGGGCUGUAUCAAAUACCCCAUGGCAGAAGAAUUGCCAAAAUACUGGGAGAAGAACCGCCGGUCUCUGCUGCAGUUUAUCAAGCAGGUCCACCAAGGUGUCAGUGGGUUUGUUUUGGAUGCCAUGGAUGGACGAGGCAUCUUGAACGCCACCAUCGGCAUUGCCAGCAUUGACCACCCUGUCUCCACCUAUAAAGCCGGGGAUUAUUGGCGCCUGCUGGCUCCAGGGACGUACAAGAUCACCGCAUCUGCCCGAGGGUAUAACUCGGAGGCAAAGAUGGUCAAAGUGGAAGAGGACCAUGCCGCACAAGUCAACUUUACUUUGAGUCGAAAAGGCCCCAAAGUUGAAGAAGGGUCAGCACCGCAUGUGAGCCUGGUGGACUCCAACGGGCCGCUCACCAAGGAGUUAGAAACCCUGAUCAAGGACCUCUCCGCAGAGAAUGGCUUGGAACAUCUCCUCUUGGCUUCUUCCGCCGACGUUCAGCCUUCGCGUUACCGUGCCUACAAUGAUCUGUCUAUGUUCCUCAGAGGCUUGAAUUUGAAUUAUCCAGAAAUCACAACUCUUGUUAGCUUGGGCCAAAGUCGGGAGUUUCGUCACAUAUGGUCCCUGGAAAUCUCUAACAAACCCAACCAGUCUGAGCCAGAAGAGCCGAAGAUCCGUUUUGUUGCUGGCAUCCAUGGUAACGCCCCGGUCGGUACCGAGCUCCUCCUGGCUCUGGCAGAGUUCCUCUGCAUGAACUACAAAAAGAACACGGCUAUCACAAAGUUGAUUGAAAAGACAAGGAUAGUGAUUGUACCAGCCCUAAAUCCAGAUGGGCGUGAGAUUGCCCAGGCGACUGAAGGCGACUGUACCUCCAAACUGGGACAGACCAAUGCCAACGGCAAAGAUCUGGACACAGAUUUCGCAAGCAAUUCCUCCGUAGCAAGAGAACCCGAAACAAAAGCCAUCAUGGAGAACCUGAUACAGAAGCAGGACUUCAGCCUCUCCGUUGCCUUAGACGGAGGGUCCCUCCUCGUUACUUACCCUUAUGACAAACCAGUGCAGACAGUGGAAAAUAAGGAAACUCUGAAACAUUUGGCUUCCAUCUAUGCAAACAACCAUCCUACGAUGCACCUAGGACAGCCGAACUGUCCAAACAAAUCAGAUGAGAACAUCCCGGGAGGUGUGUUGCUCGGAGCACAGUGGCACAGCCAUCUAGGCAGCAUGAAGGAUUUCAGUGUCACAUACGGGCAAUGCCCAGAGAUCACAGUGUACACCGGUUGCUGUUACUUUCCAAGUGCAGGCCAACUCCAUACUCUGUGGACAGAGAAUAAGAAAUCUCUUCUCAGUAUGCUGGUGGAGGUUCACAAAGGCGUAUAUGGCUUUGUCAGAGACAAGCACGGCCGGCCAGUGUCCAAAGCCCAAAUUGUGUUCAACGAAGGGAUAAAAGUGUGCACCAAAGAAAGCGGCUAUUUCCAUGUGCUUCUGGCUCCAGGCUAUCACAAGAUCCAUGCUAUAGCGGAAGGCUAUCAGCAGCAGCAUGUCCAGGUCCUGGUUCGCCACGACAUGGCCAGCUUCCUGCACAUACAGUUUGACAUCGACAACAAGAUCUUUGGCCUUCCAAGAGAGUUGGUGGUUACAGUAGCCGGUGCAACCAUGUCGGCCGUGAUCCUUACAGCCUGCAUCAUCUGGUGUGUGUGCUCCAUCAAGUCCAACCGGCACAAAGAUGGCUUCCACCGGCUACGGCAGAACCACGACGAUUACGAGGACGAGAUCCGCAUGAUGUCCACCGGCUCCAAGAAGUCACUCCUGAGCCACGAGUUCCAGGAUGAAACGGACACCGAGGAGGAAACAGUUUACACCAGCAAACACUGAUCUUUCCCGUGGCGGGGGUGGUUUUUCUCCUGCCAAGACACGUUUCGCUAACCUGAGCCUCGUUCCCAGCCAGCGGACGCAGAACGCGCGACCUUCCAAACCUCAGUUCUUGGUUCCAGGCCAAUUUCUGCUUUAUGCACAAGGAGAUCGGACUGGACCUGAGCUUCUAUUUGGAAUCGGAAGUGGAGCUUUUUCAGGCAACUUAGGGUAAAAUGGAGACUCCGAUCAUGGAAGCUGCCAGAGAAAAGCAGUUGGCUUGUCCAGUACUUUGAAAAACGUCCUUUUAAAACCUUCAGAAUGCUAUUUGAGGGGGUGGGGAAAUACACAAUGGCCACCAAGGUUUGGUCUCAGCUGCUUAUCCACUGCAGCCUAUGGACAGUUGGAACUUACUUUCUUUCCUGCCUGCCUGGAGCAGUUUUCAGAGUUGGUUACGUAGGCGUUAAAAAAAACAAACUCAACAAAUUUAAUCCUCUUAAUUAUGGAGAGUAAAAUUCCUUCAGGUCGGGCCUUCGAGGCAGAUGCCAUUUUGAAAAUAUAUGUUGAGACACGGGAAGAUCUUCCUCUCCCGUUGAGGUUGCAUCUGUUGUUGUUUUUAAAACACAACUCUUAUUUGAAUUUACCUUGCACAGACCCUGCGACGGCAUUUCUGCUGGUUUUCUUUGGGUAUCUAGAAUAGCAGGAGGCGCAUAACUCCUGGUAAUCUUAGUACUAAUUGGAGAUUGAAAUUUCAGCUUGGUGCCAAAUGUAUUGUAAUUUAUUUCUGGAGUCUGCGGAAGCAUCCAGGGAACUGGUUUGUUCGACUAGAAACUGCCAGUCUAGAAAAAUAACUUUCCAUAAGAAGAACAUUUUGUGUUCUUGGAAAGCACCCGGCUGCUUUUUCAGGGAAAAUGCCUUGUUCUUUCCUUUUCAACAUGAAGUCUUCUGCCAAGACUGAAUUUUGUGUGGAAUUAUGCUGUUCUCAGAUUCUUCUUCUUCUUCUUCUUUUUUUUUUAACUGUUGUGGGUUUGUUCAGGAAAGAAGGCAGCACAGUGGUUACUAGCUCUUCACAUUAUAUGGCUGUAUAAGUUUAGCCUUUUAUUCUUGUAGCACUUUGGUGUGAAAUGUUAAAAGAGGGACUUAAAUGUUUGAGUCAAGAGGGAAGCUGUUGUACAGCUGAUUUAAGUACUAGUCUUGGACUAGAAGACCAUCUUUAAUGAGAUCAUUCUCCUGUUUAUGCCUCGGAGGAAUUAAAUUCCACCAUUCCUUGAUUAAGGUAAGACAUGUUAGAUUAGAAUAUAGUUGAAAACAUUGUCUGCAUUACCUCCAAAGAGCUGGAUCUAUUCUACAGAAUCCAUUUUGGUUCUCGUUACUAUCCCAAAGGUUAACCUCAAGACUCCUCAAAAUUCUUUCUGGUCUCACAAAACGUGCCAGAAAUGGGGACGAUGACUUAUUUUGAUGGCUUAUCCAGAGGCUUGGUUGUACUAACAAGGAUUUCUCAAAAUAGUUUUAAUUCCCUUUUGAAAUGUCAAACCCACUUUAAAACUGGGGCAUUAUAAUAAAUGUUGGAUUCUGGUCAUCGUUCCCAGGAAAUUCAUCGACAGAUAAAUAAUACAUUUUAGCUAUCAAGACGCUAAAUGUUUAGGCUACGCGGUUGACCGUACUAGGAUGUAGAACAAAUUGUAGGACUUAACCUUUAAAAUCAAGUUAAAUGUGCUAAUUUUAUUCUUCUUUAGCCGCUCAUUCUGGAUUCAGUCCCUUUAAUUAGCCCCUUCCCAAUGGCUAGAAAGUAUACAGUACUAAAAACCAAGUGCCUCAGUCUUUUAGCGUUAUUGUCUUAGAAUAUCCAUGCCAGUAGAUUGUCCUAAGGUUCAAGCGAUGUUUUCCCGGUUAUGAUUCUGCUUUAAUUCAACUUUGCUGCUUCUGGUCCAAUUUACCCACAAGAGCUUUCUUUGAAAUGAAGUUGGAGGGUAACUUGACUCCAAACCCCUGGCUGCUAUUUGGGGGAUUUGUGGGACAGGUUUCUUUUAUCUAUAUUGGGAUGUACGUUACCCUCUUCAUAGCCCAGUCCAAAAUUUAACAAAGAAAAGCAGUUUAUCAUCUCUGGAUUAAAUUUGCCAGCAAUAACUGUAUAAUAACAAGUUCAAAUCUAGAUAGAAGUGGAAGCCAGGUGGCUGCAUCUUUCUGGUAGUAAUUAUGCAUAUAUAUAUAUAUAUAUUUUCUAAUUAAAAGAAGGUGGCUGCCCCUUUUUUGUAUAACACCGAGAGGCAACGUUUGCCUCCGUGGUGGAGGAGAAUAAGUUUCAGCUACCUGCGUGUGUUUGCCACUUUGAUUUUUUUUGUGGGGGGGGGGAAGGGAGGGGGUCCGUGUCCUGUGCCUUCAGAAGUAGAUGUUGAAAGGAAGGGCUUGACUUAGGAAUGAUUAGCGUCACUUGACAACUUGAAGGUCUGUACGUCAAACAAGAACUCUUCUUUCUGCAAGUGUAUUUGAUUUAAAAAAUGUAUGCUAAGCUCUAAUCUGUAUAAAGCUCUACUGUGGUUUCUUC